UUAAAUCUGAAGAAACAACUACUCCGGAAUUUCUCAGAAAGAAAAGGGGGAAACGCUGAGGCUUGCCUUCUAGAAUCGUGGCAUGUGAGCGUAGGCCAAACCUUUGGAUAUAGUGUACGGCCGAAUGGUAAACUGAGCUCCAGGAUCCCAGCCAGGCGGAAACCUGGCUCCCGGCUCCAUCUGCGACCCCUCACUGCCUCCUAGAGUCGGAGCUGAGUAUGCUUUCAAGUACACAAAAUACUCAAGUCCGGCGAAUCAUCACCUCGCAGAAGGCGAGUGAUCCUCCCAGGGAGGCCUUCUUGUAGGACGCCGCCCUCGGCUCUGGCCUGGAGACGCAGAGCAGCUCUCUGGUGUCUUCUAGGAGAGUGUUAGAGGACCCAUCUUCAGGUUGCACAGGGAACGCUGCUGCGGAACCUUUCUUCUCUCUCCCGUGCACUUUCACUCGGUCCUCUUUGGAAAUGGACAAGGUAGAAGGGACUUUAAACAUGGACACCGCGGAUUCUGGUCCUGGGGAAUCUUCCUCACUAGACGCUCCAGGGUCCCAGGACGAUCGACUCUUCCUGAUUAAAGGUGGAAUUUUCCUCGGUUCUGCAGCAGCAGCGGGAAUGCUAGCCGGAUUUGUUACAACAUUAUCAUUAGCUAAAAAGAAAAGCCCUGAAUGGUUCAAUAAGGGCACUAUGAGCACAUCUGCCUUUCCAGAGAGUGGGUCUUCCCUUGCUCUUCGAGCCCUGGGCUGGGGAUCUCUUUAUGCCUGGUGUGGGGUCGGCGUGAUCAGCUUUGCAGUCUGGAAAGCUUUGGGAGUUCACAGUAUCUGUGCCUUGCUCAGCCAUCAUUAGAGAAGCUUCCUCCUGCAGCAGAUGGGAACAAAUACAGAGACCCACAGUCAGAUAUUACAAAGAGAAUAAGAGACCGUGGAACACUGCCCUAAAUGGAAUGUCUCCAUCAAGUCCCUCCCCUCAGGGCUCAGGAAAUCCUAUGGAAGAGAAGGCAGAAAGAGUGUAGGAGACAGAGGGAUGGAGGACACCAAGAAAACAAGGCCCUCGAAAUCAACAUGAUUGGCACAGAAACUGAGGCCGCAUGCACAGGGCCUGAAUGAGGCCCGAGAACUGAAAGAAGCAGACACACGCCUCCAUCCCUAACCCAGAAGCAAUCUUCAUGAUUACCACUUGCAAAUGAAAAUUUAGUUUCCCCCAAGGGAGUCUCACUGGGGAAACAAACUACUCUUAAGGGCAGUCUGCAUGCCCAGCAGUAAAUGGCCAACAGAAAAUAAAC